UAAGGGCCUCGCCGUGAUUCAGGGUGCAAAGAUGGCGGGAGCAUCUAGAAUCAUCGCGAUCGAUAUCAAUCCGGACAAGUUUGUGAUUGCUAAAAAGUUGGGAGCUACCGAUUGUGUAGAUCCAAAAACACUUGGUGAUGUGUCCGUUCAGAAACACAUUGCUGGAACUAUGACUGAGUGGGGUGUUGACUACAGUUUUGAUUGCACCGGAAAUGGUACGUGGCACGUAACCUCGUCUUUUAUCAGUUGUAGAUUUUGAAAUGCAUUUUGAUCACUUAUCAACCGUAUCGCACCGAACUUCGAACCAUCGUAAAAUCGAUACUUUUCAACGCUACUUCAAGUGGAUGUGAUGCGAAGUGCACUAGAGUGUGCCCACCGUGGAUGGGGAGUGUCGUGUAUCAUUGGUGUUGCUGCAUCUGGCCAUGAAAUCAGCACUCGACCAUUCCAACUUGUUACCGGCAGAGUAUGGAAAGGAACUGCGUUUGGAGGAUUCAAAAGCCGCACCGAUGUCCCCAAGCUCGUUCAAAGAAUGCUCAUUGGGACCCUCAACGUUGACCAUUUCAUUACGCAUAAAUUUGAUGGAGUUGGAGGAACGAAUGCAGCAGUCGAAGCUCUUCACUCAGGAGAAUGCCUACGCGCCGUUGUGAACUACUGAGAGAAGAUAGUCCCAUGAUUCCAUAUUGAUUGUACGACCAUGCGAUCCUUCAAAGAACAGUACGACAAUGUGAUCCUUUAAUGAAAAAGGCAAGAUUAUUUGCUGCUUGCUCGCUUUAUAGAGAGUAGAUAGGUCUCUUCUAGAAAUAGUUAUGAUUUUCCCUUUCAUUUUAGAUUGAAGAACAUAUUAUUUAAUCAAGCGCUCAAGAUAGCCAUAAUCGCAUGUGCAAAGCUAAAGAGGAGCACAUCUCGUGCGUACGCAUCAGUAUUGAGGACUACGAGUGACCGUUUGCUGAUAUUUAUCCACGACUCGAGUUUUAAGAUUUACUGAGCCAUCAAUCUUGAUGAAAAGACAAGACAGAUUGAAAUUGACGAACGAUGAACGUACUCGAACCGUUUGUAACAACGCGGUAAUUGACACGUUAAUUUGAGGGUCGACGAGCAAGUCUAGUCUGAUUACUAGUUCCCUUCCGCAUCGCUUUCUGUUUUUGUUGCAUGUCAUUAGUUCGACGCAAUAGUGUGGGGGUAGAUGAUCGCAACAAUUUUCUACCGACUCCUGCAUCCUUUUCUUUGACAGAUCCGCACUAAGGACAUUCACCAUACUGUAACUCACAUCCAUCGAUCUUGGCCCACUUGGUAGAAAACUUUUCCUCGACACGUACACAUUGAUUACUGCCAUUUGCAUCAUACCCUAUACCCAAACUUUCAAUGAUUUUGCUGACUAUGGGCUAUCGUUGCUUCCUUAGGAUAUCCAUUGCAAUUGGUGUGGUUUGUGUCUCCUCGACUUUUGGAUUUAUAAGCGAUCUCUCGACAAAGCAUCACCAGGGGUGUCAUCACAAACGGUGGCAAGACGUCAGCAAACAAUUCUACCCUAGCGUUUCGCUGAGUGCAGAAAUCGGUGUCGGAAUCGAUCUUGGAACGACGAAUUCUGCGGUAGCCUUUCUCGACGACGACAACGAACCCCUCAUCAUCGAAAUCCCCAAAAAUGGUAGAACCGUGAAGUCAAUCGUUGCAUUCAAUGAAAAAUCCGAACCUCUCGUUGGCAACGAGGCCCUCGAUUGGGAGCUUCAGCACAAAGAGACAGCCUAUCGGCAUGUCAAACGAGUUAUUGGGACUAGCUUCAACAACCUUUCAGACGAGACGAGACAAGUAGUCCCCCACUUGGUGCCCGAUAGUUGCGGUGCGGAAGAUUACGGUGACAACGGUGGCAGAAAAGGAAAGGGAAAAAAAUCCAAGAAAAAGAAGAAAGGACCUUCCCUAUUGAAAAUACUGGAUGAUGCCGAUAAAUACCCAACGAAACUAUUUUAUCAGAAUGGCAGCGACGAGCCAGAUAGAGCGCAACUUUCUCCCGAGGAAAUUUCUUCUUGUGUGUUACAGCGUUUGCUUAGCGUCGCCGCAGAACAUACCGGGGAUUCCAUUACCAGAGCCGUGAUCGGCAUACCUGCCUACUUUAAUGAUGCACAGAAAGAAGCUACCGUCCGAGCCGCGAAAGCCAGUGGCAUCGAGAAAGUGAAACUGUUGAAAGAACCCGAGGCGGCCGCACUAGCCUAUGGCUUCGGAAAAGACAAUGGUGACGAGGAAGAACUAGUUCUAGUCUUCGAUCUGGGGGGUGGAACAUACGACGUCAGCGUAUUAACGGUCGGAAGGGGAUUGACAGAAAUUGUAUGUACUUCGGGCAAUGCACAACUGGGGGGCACGAAUUUUGACAGAAGGAUUGCAAACCAUUUGUCGAAAUGGAUAAAUAACUGUUGCACUUCAGAAGACUCUGGCAAGGCAAUGGUAUUGAAAGCUGCGGAAGCUAUACGGAUAUCUCUCAGCAACAAUCGCGCAGUCAAUUUGGCCCUUCCAAUGACCGAAGAUGGUUGGCUAGAGCUGGGGGACGKGUUUGAAGUUGUUGUGAAUCCAUCCGAAACGGACGGUCUCUCGKAGGCAGACUUUGCGGCUGGCGAUMAGAGAAACGCAACGCACAGUUUUCACCAGUUCUCUCGGAGAGAAUUUGAAAAGCUGUGCGCGAAGGAAUUCCAGGAUCUCAUUCGGCCGAUUCGCGAGGUCGCAAUCAUGGCCGGAGCAAUGCUACCAGGAGACACCAGACCGAGCGUUGCGGAAUCCGCCAUCGAGAGAGAAAAAGAGCUGGCGGAACUCGAAAAUUUUUACUACGAGGAAGAGCUCGACAGCGCGACCGAACCCCCACCGCAGCAACUGCAAGCGGCGAACGAUUUCGCCAUCGACGUUCGAUCGUCGAAAAAGGCACAGCAAAAAGGACGGAAGAAGGCCCGCGAGGUGGCCAAGCGAGAACGCAAGUACCGCGAGGAGUCCCGAAAGGCACUGAAAACACAGACGGACAACAACGUCAAGGUCCGUGCCGACGGGAUCUCCGGCAGACCGAUCUCGCGGAUCGUCCUGGUGGGCGGUGCGACGCGGAUGCCAACGAUCGGCCGCAUCCUUUCGUCCCUCACGGGCGUCACCCCCCAGCGGACCGUCGAUCCGGACGAGGCCGUCGCUCUGGGUUGCGCCGUUCACGUGGGAGUCCUAGACGGAAAGGAAGAAAUGGGGGUCGUGCUGAAUCCGAUGAAGGCCGCCUUGAUGAAGGCCGUUAUCGACAAAGAACGAAGGGAGGGCAGAAUCACCGACUUCGAAGACGAUGACGAAGAAUUCACCGAGGUUGAAAUUUUGGAAUUUUAACAACUAGGUUGAUUAAGAAGAAUAGAAGACGAGCAAUGAUUGUGUUGCUCCCUGUGCAUCCCGUCAAAAAUAGUUCCGGGUAGUUCUAAUGGUAAUGCAACAGCAUUCCCCAUUGUCACGAAUAUUCUCGUUGUUAAGAACGACACUAGGAUCCAGGAAAGAUAUUCACGACAACUGCUGAGUUGUGCUUAUGGCAAUACUAAUGGUAUUCCAAUUCCAAUAAUAAGGAGGAUGGUAGUACCACAACUAAUUGUGUUUUUCAAUAUUUUAUGAGAAGCGAACAGCUUGUCAUUUAAUGGGAGGAUGGAGUCAUGCUAAUUUCUUAGAGAGGUGAAAUGAUACAAGAAGUCAAAACCUUAAAACUAUAUGAAAAUUCAACAGAGAGAAGAAUGUUUGCCUGGUGAUUUGUUCUUACCAUUAUAAGUGUGAGGAGCAGAAGAAGUAAUAGUAGUACAAAGAAGGUGCUUACUAUACUGUGGCGCAGUACACUGGUAAGACUACUACUAUGUACUCGUCGAAAUGGCAACAAGAAGAACAAAUAGUAUCAAAGCUA